UCUUCUCGAUUUUUUCAAUCAGUCUUUUGGAAUUCGCGAAACAAUGCGGUCGCCGUACGAAGAAAGCGCUGCUGCGGCCGACCACAAAUACCAAUACCAAUACACCGCGGCCAAUAAUAACAAUAAUUACUAUAAAAACUAUAAUGUGAAUGGCAAUGGGCAGGCGAAUGGAAAUGGGAAUCUAAGUGGAAGUGGAAAUGGCAAUGGAAAUGGUAUACCUUAUCACGCGCGCGAGAAUUCGUUGCCAUUUAGCUAUGGCAUAGCCAAAACUUCCACGCCGCUGCGCAAAACUCCGACCCCGACGCGUGUGGAUAGUUUUCUAGACUUUGAUUUCGGGACCAAUACAACGAAUGCUACCAAUAAUGGAAGUUCGGGUAAUGGUAGUAUUGGAAGUUCUAACGAUAUGAUAAAGCCACCAACCCGGCUGACGAGCCCUUUGCUGGUGCGCAAAACGCUGGGCAAUGGUGUUAGACCCACCAGUUCGACGAACACCAAUACCAUAGCCAAUACAUACCACUAUAGGUCGAGCAGUGCUACACCGACGCCGCUGAGAGAUAAUUUCGAGCAGCUGCUGCGGGAGCGACGCGAAAAGGUCUAUAACGAAUAUAGGAAUAUAGACAGGGAGUCGUCGGGGGAGCGGGGACGAGUAGCGCCCGCUCCGCCACAAAGGCAAUAUUAUCCCAGUGAUUCCUAUGGCAAUGGCUUGAAGAACGGCAAUAGCUCGGGAAAUGGUUUGAACAACGGAACUCUAUACCGCAAAAGUCCCUCAAAUGGGCAAUCCUCUAAAUAUAACUAUGAUUUCGAGUUCAAUCUUAAUCUGGAUGACGUUAAACCCGAAUCGAAACCCGAAUUUACUCCCUAUACAACGAGAAAUAUUCAAUUCGAGGAUCUGCGAUUGGAUCAGGAUGUGCCAGAUGGCGCGGUCAAUCGGCGGACCAUGGAACGCAAUUAUCACACAAUUAACAGCUUGGAAACUUCGACCCACAAACGCCAGCAGUUGGAGCCGUUGGAGCAACUGGGCGCCGUUUAUGGCCAGAACCACAUGGAGGAGACACUCACGCGCACUCGCCGCGAUCUCUCCGCAUCGACAUCCACAUCCAAGUCAACCUCACCAUUGCCAGCACUGGCACUGGGACCAGCUCCAGCAUCGCCCAUCUAUGCCACCAGUACGAAGAGAGUGAGCAACCCAAAUACCAAUGGCCAUCAGCAGAUGACGCCUAGUCCCACCAGUAGGCCAGAAACGCCCGCCUUUCCGGUCACGCCGCGCACGCCUUUUGGGGCAUCAUCAUCGUCUUCGUCUUUGUCGACGACGACCCAGUUGCCGCCGGAGUCAAUCUAUCAAACAGGGCCACGUCGGGGUGUACCGCCAGCUCUGCAGCCAUUCGAGGUAUCCGCCGACUCCGUGAGAUUUGCUCGGAGUUCAGCCAAAUUCUGGUACAAACCCAAUCUCACGCGCGAAGACGCCAUAGCUUUGCUGGCCUCUGCCCAGCCGGGUACUUUCCUGGUCAGGGAUUCCACCACAUAUAAGAACUCCUAUGGUCUGGUGGUGAGGGUUGCCCAACCGCCAGCCGGUUCCCAGGAGUUGGUGCGACACUUCCUUAUCGAGCCAACACCGCAGGGAGUACAUCUGAAGGGCUGCGAUGACGAGCCGGUGUUCACUUCAUUAUCCGCACUGGUCUUCGAGCAUUCCAUCAGCCAAUUGGCAUUACCGUGUCUGCUCCGGCUGCCUGAUCGGGAUAUCGUGCCACCAGUAAGGGCCACUACACCAGCACAGCAGCAUCUUAUUGCCCAUGGGGCAGCCACCAAUGUCCUGUGGCUCUUCUCCUGCGACACUGAAUCGCUGACCGGCAAUGAGGCCAUACGCAAGGCCAUUCGUCAGAUGUACGCUCAACGACCCGCGCCACAGCCCACCGAGGUGCACUUCAAGGUCUCCUCGCAGGGCAUUACGCUUACGGAUAAUACGCGCAAGAAGUUCUUCCGCAAGCACUAUACGGCAGAUGUUAUCUCACACUGUGCCAUCGAUCCGGAGAACAGGAUGUGGACCAGUGAGGGUGAGGCCGACAAGAAGACCAUCUUUGCUUUCGUGGCCAGGAGAUCGCACAGCUCCACGGACAACCAGUGUCACGUGUUCUGCGACCUUUCAGUCAGUCAACCGGCAGCGGCGAUUGUCUCGUUUGCCAAUCGAACGCUGCCCACCGAAAAGCUAAGCAACUACGUCCUGUAGAAAGGAGGCGUGGCUCGAGGUCAACAGGUCAGUGAGCAGGAUUCCACUGCCAUCCGGAGUGGAGCGACGCACAAGCAGGCAAAUGGAAUUAGUCGGUUAUGCGAAGGAGGAGUAGAAGGAGAUGUAGGAGGCCCAGUGCUGUAAGAUGUACUACUAACUAAUCACUUUACGAAAUUGUGUCUUGCGAUAUAAUGAGCUUAACUACGAAUAUGUUAACAGAAAUGAUGUCAGCCGUAGUUUAUUUAGACACGCACACACUCAGAAGUCGGCGAUAUUUAUGGCAAAGCUAAAACAUAUGUACACAUGUGUAUUAUCAACUUGAAUUGACUAAAUGCACAGUGGGACAAGUGGAUUCUCGAGUUUGAUAACAUCUAUUGGAAACACCCAUUCAUGAUUGCUUAUAUGCCCACUGUAUAAACAAAGCCAUGCAUAUUAAAUACAUUUUAAACUUCUAAUUGAGCCGUUUUAAGGAAUCUCGUACCACUGUGCUGAGGGUGAAGUGAAAUUGAUCCCUGAAAGUUGACGGUUUAUUAGCAAAAACAAAAACACUUCGGAUGUGUUUUUUUUUUUAUAUCUUUGAGUUGUGUGUUUUUAUAUAGGGUGCGCUUGUCAGACAAACGGAAUUAAACUAAUCUACCACAUAACUUUAAAUCGAUUAAUGUUAAUUUAGAAAGUUGUUGAAUAAAACCUAAAACUGCAAGCUAUUUUAGAGAGCUUGUUCCCCUAAUUUAUACCAGUAAUAUCUAUAUAAAUAUAUGUAUAUCCUUAAGCUCUACUAAUGCAGUCAAUAUAAAUAAAGUGCAAUGUUGUUAAACAGA